UGAUACAAGGCACGUGAAGUAAUGUUGGCAGAAUUGUUGGAACUGUUCCGAUCUUUAGUGUGCUAGGUGUACUACUUCCCGAGUCGCGUGUGAUCUUCCGCUCGAUGUCAAUGUCCACUGCCUCAUUCAAGCGGGAUUAACUCUUCACAGCCGGUACGGUCCCCGUUCUACAAACUUUUGUAAUCACUAUUGGAACUCGUGCAUUUCAUGAUAGCUGACCGCGGCUGGUCAUAACAGUGGAGUCCACUCUCUGCGGGAGAUUGAUAAAGCGAAUCGGCAGUUGGUGCUCUAAGCUGGACGGGGAAAAAGGCAUCAGUUUUUGUUCAUUAGACGACUGAACCAUCGAAAGUUCCGAUCAGUUUUUUGUUGCCUCCCAUGUGUAGCCCCGGUGGGACUAAUAGCGGGAAAAAGUGAUAACCGGUGCUGAGACUCCAAUCAACUAUCAGUGAGCACACGAAAUGUCCACUGCAGCAAUAAGCACCGGCGACAGCACCGAAUCCACCAGUGUAGGUUGAGCGAAUCGGGUUCAGUUGUCACCGGCCAUCCGGCGGGCGUGGAUCGGUUCCGCACAGCACGAACGGACAGUAUGGCGGACCCAACGAUACAGACGUUCUGCUGCCACAACCGGAUACGAUCUCCACCGGCGAUCAAGCUGAUGUCGGAGUUCGAUACGGACGGUUAUAUCGUGGUGUGCUUAGUGUCAUCCGUGUUCGGUAUAGCCGGCGCCAUCUAUCAGAUCUGGAUCCGACACGAGGAUGGACCCACGCAUCACGCUGUCCGACGACGGCGCGGCGGUGAGCUUACCUUAUCAAACCAGAACCUAGGCCGACAGAUCAUUGUUUGGCUGGCGGUCGCAGAUCUGUGCGCUUCGUUGGGGGUAUUUCUUCGAUCCGCGCUGUGGAAGUACAUCAAGGAUGUGCUACCACCGGACAGCGACGUGGACGAUACGACGAACGUCAUUUUCUGUGCCGUUUCGUCCGCCUGGAUACAGUACUUCUACAUGUGCACCUGGCUGUGGACACUCUGCUACGCGAUCAACGUACGAAGGCAGCUGGGCGGUGCACGGUACGCGCUGCGCACGUAUCACUACUACGUGUGGAGCAUAUCGGCGCUUUUAACCGGCGUCGGAUUGACGGUGCUUUAUGUGCCAGAUGCGGAUUGCCACAACGUGCACGACAUGACGACGGCGUACAUGCGCAUCCUGCCAAAUUAUGUGAUGACUUACGGACCAAUGAUAGCCGUGAUGGUCGCGAACCCGGUCAUCUACUACCAGGCAUCGCGGGAAGUCGACCGACAGCUGGUGGCACGUUUUAGCCAAAUGUCCAACACCGAACGGGACCUGAUGACGAAGUUUAAGCUCAAGUUUUCCCUCAUAAAUCUCGUGUUUUACGUAUGCUGGUUGCCGAAUCUUGUGAACGGUAUCGUGCUGUGGACCAUGUGGUUCAAUCUGCCCUUUUCGCUGGUCAUCAGUGUGUGGUACAUAAUGGCCAUUACGAAUCCUCUGCAGGCAUUCUUUAAUUCGCUCGUCUACCAGAAAUGGAACUGUCGGUGGCGAUUCCGCCGUCAGGGUAGUAGUACCGAUUCCAGUGCAGAACUUCGACGACGCAACCGUACGUCCAUGGUGCACAACGAAGGAACACCAUUGUUGCAGGCUAAAAUGGAAUCACCGUCCGCCUCAACCUUACACCUGAACCAACAGUCGGUUGAACUGAUUCCGAAACCGACCCGGAGCAUCAAUUCUUGCUCGCUCGUAUGACGCCGGGUGUGUUACUUAAUGUGUCGUGUUGGACAUAACACGGGCGCUAGGACAAAUUUGGUUUACUACGCAUCUAGCGAAAGGAAUAGGGGGCUCAAGCAUCUUCUUUGGCGGAGAUGGUUGCUACGGGAAGGUAUCUUCACGCUGGAGUCGUUUGAUCUAACCUCGGCAGAUAAGGGAGACACGUCCAGAGGGGAUCUAUCAUUUGGAGACAUCAGGAUGUUUUAUCUCAAGGAGCUAUUCUAGUUCUAAGGUUGGAAGAUAAACAGAAGACACUACUACUAAGUAACCUAUUGAUAACAGCGCUCGUUUUGCAGUAGAUUCAGUUAUAAGUUAUCGGUAGAACCGAACAUCUACGGUCAAUGGUCGUUAGCUCAAGUUAGUGGAUAUAAUGGUCGAGAACCAAAAAAAGCACACUUAAACAACAUGCAAUGAAACCAAAUAAAGACAUGUUUUUUUUUACUUCUCUAAACUCUAGAAAGUUUAUUAUAGUUCUACUGCCAUUAUAUCGGUGUGUCUAGCUUAAAAUAUACACAAUUUUCUUGAUUACUUUUGCACUCCUUUGAUGAUAAGAAUCAACCGAACGAUUGCCUCUUUCACG